AUGGCAACUGCAUUAGGAGUCUCACUUGAUCAUACAAGUAUUCUUUGUACAUAUCCUUCUGACGCCAUCCUUGCAUCCAGAGCACUUAAAGGUAUUAUUGAUGUUGGUUGGGAAAAUUGCUUGGACACACUGUUGGAACUGUUUAGUCAUGGGGUUGUAGAAGCAGGAGAAAGAGGAGAACUGGUCAAUUGCAUCCUAUAUUUGAAAGCAUAUGCAGAUGUUAUGAAGGAAUAUUACCCUGAUUCACCAUUAACAUAUUUGCAAAAAGUUCCUCUGAAAUCAUUUUUAAAGUUCUUAUUAUUGCAAAGAAAUAGAUGGCCUCGAUGA